AGUCUUCAACAGGUUGGCGUUAAUUGGCCAAUGCCUAUCGUAAGCCGCAUGGCUUCUGCAGCAUGGAAACGUCAGCCAGAACAUAUAAAGACAAAAUAUGAAAAUUUAUCAUUCGAUGCGAGUCUUCAUUGGGCCAAAUGGAAUCCAAAACCGAAUCAAAGAUCCAAUGUUAAAAAAUCAAGCGCUCAAAGACGAAGAGCUAUUAUUAGUCAAUCGAACACAAGCGUAACUAAAAAACUCUUCAAUCCCAUGUCUAUAUCCUCGAUUAUUUCACCGCCAGAUUAUGAGAUCACCGAAUCCUUAAUUCUUUAA